CCUCUCUCCUUCUUCUGCCCCUCUUCACACUCCAACCACACACACACACUCACAAUUCUUUCCUCAGUUUCUUGCAAAGGAAAAGGAAAAAAAGACAACAUAGAAAUGCUGUGGAAUUUUUCUUGAAUUUGUUCAUAUAUGUCAGUUGAAACCUUUGUCUGUUUUUCCUUUGUUUGAGAAAAGACAGGAGAUUAGGAAAGAUGGACAUAGAAUUGGUGAAGUGUGAGUGUUGUGGGCUGAAGGAGGACUGCACACAGGACUACAUAAGUAAAGUGAAAGCAAAUUUUGAUGGGAAAUGGCUGUGUGGUCUGUGUUCAGAGGCUGUAAGAGAUGAGGUUAAUAGAGCUGGGAAGAAGCAAUCUGGGAUGGAAGAGGCUGUUAAGGCACACAUGUCGUUUUGUCGUAAGUAUAAAUCGAAUCCGGCAGUUAAAGUCGCAGAUGGGAUGAGGCAGAUGCUGAGGAGAAGGUCGGGGGAUAUGUCGACGUCUCCGUCCUCGUCCAAGAAAUAUUCAAGAUCAGCAAGCACAUCACGAAUGGGAUAUCAUGACUCCACAUUCUCUUACUACUAAGUCAUAUAGGAACCAAAAAUUUGAGGCGGCCCUCCAAGAUUUUGGUUGAAAUAAAUAAGGUAUAUGUCUAUCAUUCUUGAUAAAUUCUCAUCUUGUCUGAUUUUGUACAGGGAGGUCAAUUCAGUUGAGGCUGCUACCUGGUUUUUGUUCUUGUCCUUUUAUUUUCUUACUUAUCUACUGUAUUUGAAAUCCUUCUCCUCUUUAGACAAAAGAGAUAGUUCAAAUUUUGAGGGAAAGUGAUUUUGAGUUUCAUUUUGGAUCAUACACACCAUUCCCAUCAACUGAAAUCUAUUCGGAAA